UACACCUCUGGUUUAUGGUGUGAGUUUGUGGUUAUGUCAUAUGUUUUGAUUGAGGUCAAUCAUUAUUUGUCAUUAUUGCCGCCGAAAUGAAUUAGAAAGGUCUAUAAGAAACACAAUAAAUUAUUAUUUGUUGAAGUCUUUUCUAUUGAAACGGUCACAAUGGAGGAUUUCAUUUGUCCGAGAUGCAGGACGUCCAAAUUUCAAAAUCCUUCUUUGAAAAUGAUGGUGAAUGUAUGUGGACAUGGGUUAUGUGAAAGUUGUGUAGAUCUUCUAUUCUUGAAAGGUGCUGGUUCUUGCCCAGAAUGCAGAAUACCUCUACGCAGAAACAAUUUCAGAAUUCAGUUAUUUGAAGAUUCAACUGUAGAAAAAGAAGUAGAUAUAAGAAAAAGGGUGUUGCGGGAUUAUAAUAAAAAGGAGGAUGACUUUAACUCUCUCGCCGAUUACAAUAAUUACCUUGAAGAGGUUGAAACCAUAAUUUAUAAUUUAUCAAAUGAUAUAGAUGUAGCCAAUACCAAUAAGAAAAUUGAACAGUACAAAAGGGACAACAGGGAGCAAAUUAUGAAAAGCAAAGGAAAAUUGGGAAGAGAUGAAUAUGAAUUGGAAGAGAUGUUAGAAAUUGAGAAACAAAUGGAGGAAGAACGAAAGAAAGAGAUUCUUGCGCAAGAACUAGAAGCUAAGAAAAAGAAAAUACGAGAGAAAGAAGCUCUUAUAGAUGAGCUCAUGUUUUCGAAUGCAGAUGCCAAAAAUAUUGUUGAUACUUUUGCACAGCAAGUACAGCAAUUGAAAGAAGAAGAAAUGAGAAAACCUGUGGUGAAGGCCACUCAGUUUUCAACAGGGAUACAAUUUGGAAGGCAACCCCAAACAUCCUUUUUACCAGUACCAGCAGACGAUGGCCCUUUGUACCAUUACAAAUCUACUACAUUUAUCACUGAUGGACCAAGACCUCCUAGUGAUACAGACAUUAUUGAAAAAGGUUUUCUUGAUAAUGUUAGGGCUGAAACAGAACAGGAAAGAGCUGGUGGCUUUCAGUCAAACAUAGCUUGUAAACGAGCAUUACAAGAUGCCAUGAUGGGACUUUUUCACUCUAAAAAACCAUCUUCAGUGCACUGAAUAUGAGUUAAUGUAAUAGCAUAGCAGUGAUACAUUUUUGUUGAUUAUAAACUUAUACUGAAUCAUGGAUUAUCACCUUAAAAAAUCUAAUUUCUUCAUGUGAAGAUGCCUGAUUUCACAAACUACACAUAAAAUAUUAAUAAAAAAUAGAUGAAGUCUUUGAAUUGCAAAAGUAUUUAUCAGGAGAGGAAAAAUACAAUUAAAGUAGUAAAACAUU